AUGGAGACUAAGCAGUCCGAGAAGCCUCAGGCCGAGGAAUCUCCAGCUCCAGCACCAGCACCACCAUCAGCAUCAGCAUCAACUCCAGCUCCCCCGAACGGUGGAUUGGCGGCCUGGUCGGGCGUCUUUGCCUCGUUUCUCCUCUUCCUCACUACCUGGGGAUUUUCCACCGCCUUCGGUGCAUUCCAGAGCUACUACCAAUCCGAUCUGCUGCACACCAGCUCUCCGUCUCGCAUCGCUUGGGUGGGCACUGUCAAUGCCUUUUUCCUCAUCUCCACUGGCGUCAUCGCCGGUCCGCUUUUCGAUCGGGGAUACCUUCACCAUCUGAUGAUCGCCGGCUGUUUCCUGACCACCCUCGGGCUCAUGAUGCUGAGUCUGUCCACGCAGUACUACCAAGUAUUUCUCUCCCAAGGACUCUGUUGUGGCCUGGGUAGUGGCUUGAUCUACGUCCCCGCCUUGUCGUUGGUCUCAACGCGCUUUACAACGCGCCGUGGCAUUGCAGUUGGCCUGGUCACCUCAGGCGCGAGCGUGGGCGGAGUCCUCUUUCCUAUCAUCUUCAUUCGUCUUCAACCACGUAUCGGGUUUCCCUGGACUGUACGGACCUUGGGCUUUAUUCAGCUGGCCUGCUCGUGCAUCGCAGUUCCGCUGUUGAUGGUCACUACCAAGACCCGACGAGGUCCUCCCCGGCAGCUCAUCCACUGGCAUGCGAUGAAGGAAUGGAGUUUCAAUGCUUACGGGAUCGCCAACUUCCUCAUGUUCAUGGCCUACUUUAUUCCCCUGUUCUACGUCCCUGCCUUUGCCUCUACCGCCCUCCGCACUUCCACCGACCUUAGUUUUUACAUGGUCUCCAUCCUCAACGCCGGCUCUGCCUUUGGCCGCAUCGGGUCCUCCCUGCUGACCUACCGACUCGGCGCCAGUCACAUCCUUCUCGCCAGCGUGAUUGCUUCGGCGGUGCUUCUUUUUGGCUGGAUCGGCAUCCAUUCCGUUGCCUCGUUUGUCGUCUUCUGCGUGCUCUUUGGCAUCUUCUCUGGCGUGCUCAUCUCCGCUAAUCCGCUGGUCAUCGCCCACCCGGUAGUCUCGCCCACUCCUUCAGUGAUUGGGACGCGCAUGGGCAUGCAGUGGUUUGCAACCAGUCUUGGUGUGUUAAUUGGAGCGCCUAUAGCGGGCGUUAUUGAGGGUCAUGGUGGAGACAAUGGCUUUCUGGGAUUGCAAAUCUUCAGUGGAGCAGGGAUGGCUCUGGGAGCAGCAUUUCUGCUGGUGCCGCUGAUGGCAGUUUGGCGACAUGAUCAUAUGCAAAACAAGGCGUAA